AUGGGCUCCAGUGCCUCCAAAUCCAACCCAACUCCAAGCAGAAAACAAAAGGCAAGGGAAGAAGAGGAGCAAGAAGAAGGUGAAGGAGCAACAGGGGACCCAAAAAAGGACAAGAAGUCUUUAGAUUCAGAUGAGAGCGAUGAAGAUGAUGAUGAUUAUCAGCAAAAACGCAAAGGAGUGGAAGGCUUGAUAGACAUAGAGAAUCCCAAUCGUGUAAUUCAGACAACCAAAAAAGUAACUCAGCUGGACCUGGAUGGACCCAAGGAGCUCUCACGACGAGAGCGAGAGGAAAUAGAGAAACAAAAGGCAAAAGAAAGAUACAUGAAAAUGCACCUAGCUGGUAAAACAGAGCAAGCCAAGGCAGAUCUUGCCCGACUAGCCAUCAUUCGGAAGCAAAGGGAAGAAGCUGCCAGGAAGAAAGAAGAAGAAAGAAAAGCAAAAGAUGAAGCGGCCAUGGCAGGUAAAAGACUGCAGUCACUAUCCCUUAACAAGUAAGCACAGGACAUGCAAGAGGAGGAAACGCCAGGGAACCGUGCCUGGUGCCUGCCAGGACCUCUGUCGUGUUGCAUACCAUAGAUGCCACGUAGGGUGUGCUGCGGCAUCGAAGUCACCUUCACCUCCAAGAGACACUGACAAUGUGUUUUGUCUUCAUCCUGGCACAAUUUCCAUUUGGGGUUAGGGGCAGCUGCUAUCCUCGGUGCAAAACUGUGCUCAACAGCAAUUCUCUGUAACAGUUUGAAAACCUGAA